GAGGGAUGUAUCGAAACAGACUACCAGACUACUGCUACUUACAGCACCGUAUAGCAGCCCUGCUCCUGCAUUUUGCUGCCUUACUCUGCCCUGAAUGCACAGGACCGGGGAUGGUCCGUCAUUAACUGUAAACUGACUCUCAUCAGGAAACUGCACAUUAUUCCACCAUCCCUUCAAAGGUCUCAUCAGGCAGAGGUGACGCCAGGAGAUGAUUUAAAGGUGAAAAUGACAAGGUUUCCACCCCUCAAACCUUGGCUCCUUUUCUGACAAUACAGUCUGAAUGCACCCGAUGUCUUCUUUACUGUGGAAAUAGCAUCGGAAGAAAAAACAUAUUUUUUAAUCCUGAUAAAGAAGAUUAUUGGGAAGCUCUUUUUUUAAAAAAAAAAAAAAAAAAGAUCUCCAAUUGUGCACAGAUGGAUUUUAGAAAGUGUUAGAGCUUUCCAAUGAACACUAAUAGAGUACUCUGCUCUUGGCUGGAUUUUUCAGAGAAUGGCAAUGGUCUCUGCAAUGUCCUGGGUCCUGUAUUUGUGGAUAAGUGCUUGUGCAGUGCUCCUGUGCCAUGGAACCCUUCAGCACACCUUCCAGCAGCACCACCUGCACAGACCAGAAGGAGGGACAUGUGAAGUGAUAGCUGCACACAGAUGUUGUAAUAAGAAUCGAAUCGAGGAGCGAUCACAAACAGUAAAGUGUUCCUGUCUGCCUGGAAAAGUGGCUGGAACGACAAGAAACAGACCUUCCUGCGUCGAUGCCUCCAUAGUGAUUGGGAAAUGGUGGUGUGAGAUGGAGCCUUGUCUAGAAGGAGAAGAAUGUAAAACACUACCUGAUAAUUCCGGUUGGAUGUGCGCUACAGGCAAUAAAAUUAAGACCACAAGAAUUCACCCAAGAACCUAAUGGAAGCAUUUGUUAUAGUAGCAAAGGAAAACCACCUCUGCAGAAAAUACAUUUUAAGAAUUUAAAACAUCUUACACAUUACAAGCCAAAUGGAUUUCUUAUUUGCACUUUGACUGGUUACCAGAAAAUCACAGUGCUUUUACUGUGUGUCAUGAAGUAUCCUAUAAUGAGAAGACCCUGCAUUUUUGGCAACACCAUGGAAAGUGGGUUUAAAAAAAGGGUUUUCUCCAUGAAAAUUUUUGGGAUUAUGAAGAACGAUCAACUAUCUUCUAAUUUGGAUCUAUAGUUACUUUGUACCAUUUUAAAUAUAUGUAUAUAUAUAAUAUUUUGAAAUAUUAUAUAUUCUCUUCAAGAAAUGAACAAUACCACAGUUUGAGGCGGCUGGUGUACCUCUUUGAGUUUGGAUGUCUUGUUUUGUUUUGUUGCAUUUCUUUUUCUCUUGGCGAGGAAGACAUGUGCCCUUCUGAAAUUUCAACAUGGCACUCACGCUGGAAGGCCAGCUACAGGUGGACUCCUGGAAUCUGAGGCAUCAUAACAAUACUGAAUCGAGAGCUUCCUUCUGUUUCUACCAGAUGGCCCAAGGAAGCACAUCGUCCUGUUUUAUUGCUUUCUACCCUGUGCAAUAUUAGCAUGCAAGCUUGGCUUACAUAACCAUACUUUAUAUUCAAUUGAUAUAUAAUAACCAUCCUAACCUCUUCCAGGAAAGUAUUUUUAGAACUACUAGCUUUUCCACAGAUAAGAAAAAUAAGAAUUCUUGAGGGAGCUGCUCCACCGUGCUAUUAAGACUCUGGCAAAAUUAUGGUAGAAUACGGAUCCCUGUAUUAAUAAGUUCUGUAAAUACAAUGUCUUAAGGCUUUGUAUAGCUGUCCUAGACUGCAGAAAUGUCCUCCAAUGAAAUCCAAAGUCUGGCAUCAUUAAGUACAUAGUGCUGUAGCAACAAGUCUUAUCAUGGUACCUCUUUCUAUGUUUGAUUUGCUUUUUUCAUGAGUAUUCAAAUCUCUUCUGGUGAGACAGGAAGACCAUUAAAGCAAUUAGGUUUCAAAAUGAUCUAUGUGACCAAAUGCUGGACAGCCCUAUUAAAGUGGUAAAUAACUUCUUUCUAAA